ACGUACUGUGCUUGAAUGCUUGAUCCGUACCCAACUAUCUCUGCAACAAAAACAAGAUCAAAUUAUGGUGAACCUGAACCCGAUCUCUCACCUCAUUCUUCACCUUUUGCUCUUGCUAUUUUUGGCUUCUUCAGGUUCGGGGCAUGGAGUUCCAGGUUCAUGCUUCAAGGAAGAGAGACAAGCUCUUCUCAGCUUCAAACAUGAUCUUGUCGAUCGCUUUGGCAGACUUUCUUCUUGGGUGGGUCAUGCAUGCUGUCAAUGGCAAGGGAUUUCAUGCAACAACCGAACUAGUCAUGUUGAAAAGAUGGACCUCCGAAACACAUAUCGAGAUACCUACCCGAGUUCAUGGGUUUGGAACGUGACAUGGUUUGAAGACUCCCUUUUAACGGAUUUGGGACAACUCUCUCAGCUAGUCGACCUAGAUCUGUCUCAGAAUUCAUGGAACGGAAUUCUAACGGAAGCGCAUCUCAUGAACCUCACGAGAUUGGAGACAUUUCGAAUAGGCACAGACAGACCUGCUUUGUCGUCAUCCCUCAUUUUCAAUGUGACUGAUGACUGGCUUCCCCCAUUCAACCUCCGCGAAGUUUACAUUCAAAACUGCAGAGCGGGUCCUGCGUUUCCGGUAUGGCUUCGAUCUCAAACUCAACUAGUUCAUGUCCUGCUUGAUAAUACUGGAAUUUCUGAUCGAAUUCCUGAGGAAUGGCUCUUGAAGAUAUCUUCACAGGUUGAAUCCUUGCAUUUACCUAACAAUGACAUUGGCGGAAAACUUCCCUUCCAAUUCAAGUUUCCGAAAAUAACUGUCAUAGAUUUGCGUCGUAGUCAAUUUGAAGGCACACUCCAGCAGCUUUUGCCCACUAAUGUGCCUCUGUUAGAACAAUUGUAUCUUUCUGAUAAUCAUUUGAAAGGAAGUAUUCCACCUUCAAUUUGCCAAUUGCCAAAUAUGACAAUUCUUUCUCUAAGAAACAAUCAGUUUUCUGGAGAGUUCCCUCAAGAAUGGAGUCUGUGGAGCGAAAUAUAUGUCGUGGAUGUCUCAAGCAACAAUCUCUCUGGUAAUAUUCCCAGUUCAAUGGGCAUCCCAAGUUAUCUUGGAGUUUUAAAGAUGAACAACAAUCUUUUUGCGGGAGAAAUUCCUUCUUCCUUGCAAAAUUGCUCUGGUUUGAUGGAUAUUGACUUUAGUGGCAACAAACUCACUGGAAUCGUACCUGUAUGGAUGGGGUCAAAGCUAUCUGAAUUGCAAGUUCUGCUAUUGCGAUUCAACUUUUUAAGUGGAAAUAUUCCCCAACAGUUGUGCAAUCUUCAAUACCUUCAUAUCCUAGACCUAAGCCAUAACAACAUUUCAGGGACUAUUCCCAUGUGUUUGAGUAAUUUGACUACUCUACGCUCCCAUUUAUCCUUUUGGGGACUCUAUCAGGAUUACGACGAGUCAACAACUGUUAUCAUGAAAGGAAGAGAACUUGUAUAUGACGUUGAUCAUACUUUACAUUUAGUAAUGAGCAUUGAUUUUUCAUCUAAUAAUUUAGAAGGUGAAAUCCCUGAAGAUAUAAGUUCUCUCGUUGCAUUGGUUUCCAUGAACUUGUCGAGGAACCAUUUAGUUGGAAAGAUUCCAUGGAAGUUCAGAAACUUAAGCAAGUUGGAAACUCUAGAUCUCUCAUACAACCACCUUUCAGGAGAGAUUCCCCAAAGCUUUUCUUCUUUGACCUCAUUGUCUCACUUAAACUUGUCUUAUAAUAACCUUUCUGGAAGAAUUCCUUCCGGGCCCCAACUUCAAACAUUGGAUAAUUCAUCCUAUACAGGUAAUCCAUCACUCUGUGGUUUUCCUCUUUCAACCAAGUGCCAGGGAGAUGACACAAUCAGAAAACAAACUUUUCCAGAAGGAGACAGUGAAGAUGAAGAUCAUAUCGGAAAGCUUGGUUUCUAUAUCAGCAUGGUUCUCGGGUUUGUCAUAGGCUUUUGGGGUGUCUGUGGCACGUUACUCAUAAAGAAGCGAUGGAGCAACAGCAACUCUUGGAAUCGACUAUCAAUUCUCACGUUCCUUGCUUUCUUGCUUUUUGUCUUUGGUGUUGCAGAAGAUCAUCGAGCAAUUAAGGAACUUGCUGCUACUGACGUGCUGCUUCUCAACCUCGAACCUUGAGUUUGCGCGACUUAU